AUGGUCUCGUGGCGGCCGGAAACGAGAUUGGAAUGGGCUUUUUUUGGCACUACUGCGGUGCAAGCCCUUACGAAUAUUACUAUACAGAUGGUUAUACUCGUCGUCUAUCUUAACUGGGUCAACUCAGUGGUAUACCAAGUACCACUUUCCUAUGUCACGCCCUUGACACUCGCUGUCAAUUCUUUGGGAUGUCUCUUCCAACUCAUAUUAACGCUGGAUGCAUAUCGGAUCAAGAAUCACAUCCAGAUCUUCGCGCAAUGUGUUGCCAACAUAUGCUUGUCAAUAUCGACUGUUCUUCAAUACGGCGAAAUCCGACACGCAGCUGACAGGAUCCUUCUUAAUCACGAUAUGUAUGGCACACCCUUUGCAGAUCAUGAUUGGCCUUUCUGGAAGAAGGUCUCGAUCGGCUUGAUGGUUUGUCUAGUUGUCACAUGCGUUUGCAGUGCCAUCAUGUGCGGAUUAGCCAGGGGACUAUACCGUGAGUUUUCCUGGGCUUUGUACCAACACGUCAGUCCUGACAGGAAGAUACAAACAAAAUACAUGAUUUAUCAGAUCUACCUUGUCCUUCUCAAGAUCACACCUUACUUCGUCUUCGCAUUCAUAUUCAUUUACGACUUCAUCGACGUCCAUUACAAAGAGCCCGAGUUCUCGUUGACUCUCUCAAUCCUUCCGGCUACUCUUAUACACGUGGCUAUCGCAGUCUAUUUUGUAAGGCAUGAGCGCUGGAUUGGGAUGGGGUUUGCUUUGCUCCUUCAUGCCGCAACAAUUGCAUAUCUGAUUAGCAGACUGCUCGUUCUUUACGGGCAUACGCUACUUUCUAAAACUUUGAUGAAGGAUGAGAUGGUAUUCUACUCUUGCGUUGCGCUGGGCUUCUCGACUCUUGCGUUCAUUGUAGGAAUUGUUUGCUUGUUCAACUUCAAGAAAGGACUGAGACCGAUUCUAUUAGGCCAGGUGCAGCGCAAACCGCGAGCGCAUGAGCUAGAAGACGAUUACUAUGUUCAACGUCUAAAUUACAACGUGGUGCCGUUGGCUGAUCGCGAUUCGCAGAGGUGGGCUUUGGACUGA